AUAAACGUCAAAUUGAACGUAAAUAAUGACGAGGUGUCAAUACAAAAUCGCUUGAUUUUGCUAUGGGUGAAAAGAUCGUACCGCCCAAAGAAAACCAAGACAAGCAAGCGUACGACCUGAGCGAAAUGCUAAACGGCAUAUCGGAGAAUCCUACGGAGGGUGAGGACAAUGUGAACAGUAAUUCGGGAAAUGGUGGCGACGGAGAAGAAGAGCAAGACGACAUCGACAUAUACGAGGGAAUGUCCCCUGAAGAAUUCGCCGCUUUGGACAAUCAAUUGGACGCUUUGAAUUCCGCCUUGGACGAUAUCGAACAAAAAAAUGACUCCAUACAUGCUCAGCUGGUUCAAUUGUUGACUGCUAACAGGGAAAUUCGACAACAAUUACAACAGGCGAAUUCAGAAAAUACCAACGAUGGAUCUGAUCAGAACCAAGCCAAAGAACCAAAGCAAUAGACAUUUAGUUAUACAAAUAUGAAUAUCACUUGCAUUCCUACCGUUGAUAUGUCCAGAAUAUUUAGUUUGUGUUAUUAUAAUAGUAUUAAGGAGAUUAAUAAAUGUUGAGAAUAAAUUCUUACCGUAC